AUGAUUUGGAUUUGGAGCCUGCUGGCGACAGUUGCAUUGGCAAAUGUCAACGAUCUGGUUGGAACAUGGACUACUAAGUCUCGUCAGGUUAUUACUGGUCCGGUAGGUCGAAGUAUACAAAUGGGGCCGGAUGGGACUAACGUGCACCAGGGAUUUUACGACCCAUUAGAAGACAGACUUCUCGAGCCCAAUCUGACCGGCAUCUCGUAUUCAUUUGAUAGUGAUGGAAACUACGAAUCAGCCUACUAUCGUGCAAUCUCCAACCCCGCCGACCCGAAAUGCCCCGGGGGUAUCAUGCAGUGGCAGCACGGCUCUUACGCUGUGUUUGCCAACGGCUCACUGACUUUGACGCCGAAUGCUGUGGAUGGUCGCCAGUUGUUGUCGGAUCCUUGCCGGAAGGACAUUAGUGAAUACACACGCUUCAACACCACUGAACGCUUCAAGGAGUUCUCCGUCGGCAUCGACAAGUAUCACGAUACCAAACGCCUCCAAUUGACCAGAGCAGACGGCUCCAAGGUCCAUCCUAUGUUUAUCGCCUACGAGCAACCGAAGAUGCUCCCUGCGAAGACAUUGAAUCCCAACCCUACGGGAAACAAGGCCAAGCGAGAUGUUCCAUCCGACACCGGAUUCUAUCUCAUCAGCAGGGACCAAUUGAUCGACCCAAACCGGUGGUUGUGGCUGGGCGUUUUGAUGACAUCUCUUGGAGGAGCGGCUUUCUUCUACUCAUAA